GACCCGGGCCCUCCUCCCGCCCCAGCCCCAGUCCGCCUCCCGGGCAGCCCUCGGAUCGGCCGGGCCCGCGCAGGCCCCCGCCCCGGGAGCACCAUGUUCCCCCGCCCGCUGACCCCGCUAGCGGCCCCAAAUGGCGCCGAGCCCCUGGGCCGGGCGCUGAGGCGGGCCCCGCUGGGUAGGGCUCGGGCCGGGCUGGGGGGGCCGCCCCUGCUGCUGCCGUCCAUGCUGAUGUUCGCGGUGAUCGUGGCCUCCAGCGGGCUUCUGCUCAUGAUCGAGCGAGGCAUCCUGGCCGAGAUGAAGCCCCUUCCCCUGCACCCGCCCAGCCGCGUGGGCGCAGCCUGGCGCGGGACGGCCUCCAGGCCCGGGGGACUGCCGCCGAAUGCGGGAGACUCGGACUUGCAAGUGCGGCAGGACGUGCGGAACCGGACCUUGCGGGCGGUGUGCAGACAGCCCGGCAUGCCCCGGGACCCCUGGGACUUGCCGGCGGGGCAGCGGCGCACCCUGCUGCGCCACAUCCUCGUAAGUGACCGCUACCGUUUCCUCUACUGCUACGUCCCCAAGGUGGCUUGCUCUAACUGGAAGCGGGUGCUGAAGGUGCUGGCGGGCGUGCUGGACAGCGUGGACGUCCGCCUCAAGAUGGACCACCGCAGUGACCUGGUAUUCCUGGCAGACCUGCGACCCGAGGAGAUUCGCUACCGCCUGCAGCACUACUUCAAGUUCCUGUUUGUGCGGGACCCCUUGGAACGGCUCCUCUCUGCCUACCGCAACAAGUUUGGCGAGAUCCGAGAAUACCAGCAGCGCUAUGGAGCUGAGAUCGUGAGGCGGUACAGGGCUGGAGCUGGGCCCAACCCUGCAGGGGACGAUGUCACCUUCCCGGAGUUCCUGAGAUACCUGGUAGACGAGGACCCCGAGCGCAUGAAUGAGCACUGGAUGCCUGUGUACCACCUGUGCCAGCCUUGUGCUGUGCACUACGACUUUGUGGGCUACUAUGAGAUGCUGGAGGCUGAUGCCAACCAGGUGCUGGAGUGGGUGCGGGCACCACCCCACGUUCGAUUCCCAGCUCGCCAGGCCUGGUACCGGCCGGCCAGCCCUGAAAGCCUGCACUACCACUUGUGCACUACCCCUCGGGCCUUGCUACAGGAUGUGCUGCCUAAGUAUAUCCUGGACUUCUCCCUCUUUGCCUACCCACUGCCUAAUGUCACCAGGGAGGCCUGUCACCAGUGACCAUGGGUGUGGGACCAGCAGCUGUUGGGGACUGGUUUCAACAAUGUCGUCUUCUUGUGUUUCUGCCUACCAUUGAGAGACCCUGGCCCUGGGGCUCGAGGCUUCUCCAGAUGCCUGGAUGGCUGGGACUGCCCUCAGAAGCUCCUUGCCCAGGGUGGGUGACUCAGAGGACAGGGCUGGACAGGAGGCCUGCUUCAUUCCAUCGGC